AGGGUGGCCGGGGAAGGCUCGCGGCCGGUGCCCCGGAGGCUGGCGGAGGGGACCAAGGGAAGGAAAUCAAGACGGCCCGGGGGAGCCCCGAUCCCGAAGGCCUCCCCGGCUGCACGCGCUAAUUCACGGCCUCUGCUCUCCUUCCUGCCGGAGAACCCGAUCGGGGCCGCCGAGACCCUGGAAAGAUGCGAACCUCCCCGCCAGGACGCUGCCGGGCUGCGGGGCCGGGACCCCGCGCACAGGGCACCUCCGGCGUCAGACCUCCACGGCCCUUGUUCGUGCCAAAUCGCUGCCGCCCGCCACAUGCGUCUCAGUCAUGAUGGAUGCCCAGUAUGUCCUCUGCAGAUGGAAAACGCGAUUAUGGCCCGCAAAGGUUUUGUUCAGAACGGAGACUUCAACAAAAAAUAAGAGGAAAAAGGAAUUUUUUCUAGACGUUCAAAUACUCUCUCUAGAUGAAAAAGUGAAGGUGAAAAGCACGGAGGUCAAGAGCCUGAAGAAGUCUCAAAUCGAAGACAUCGCUUCUUUGUUAGCCUCACAGAAGGAAGUUCCCGCUGCACCCCUGGAGGAACUGGCCUACAGACGGUCGCUGCGAGUGGCCCUGGAUGUUUUGAACGAGACAACCAGCUUGAGUCAGGGAAGCUCUUCGGGAGAAGAAACGGCGGCCCCAUCUCAAAGCCAGAAGCCUGCAGAGCCAGCUUCCUCGCCCUGCGUUUCUAACUUGUCCGCUUUCUGCCGUGAGGACCCAUCGGACAGUCCUGGACUGGAGGGCAGUGAGAGUGGACGGCAAAGCGCAUCCCGUUCGCUGACUCGUACGAAGGGUCUCAGGUGCAGAGCGGACCUGAGGAGGGUGCUGGGGAAGAGGGACAGCCCUCGAGCCCUUCUGGUUUCUUCAACCAGAGGUCGUUCGAGAACACUCCAGAAAAACUGGAGAAACCCAAGUAAAAAGGAAAGACAUUCAGCAGAGAAGUCCAGCUUGUGCGAGAAUGUGCCCUCACUCUCAGAGGGAGCUCCUGAGAUAGAGAAGGAGAAAAAGACAGGGGGCCCAACAGCUCUGCCUUCGCCUCCCGCAGCCGGACAGGAGGGUACAGGCGGGCAGGCCCGAGGGGACCACCCCGUCCGGCCAGCCGGUGGCCUUGCCGUGCUCCUGCCCUGGCGGAAGAGGGCGGAUGACGCCUGCCAGGGGACCAGGGCCCGUCCCCGCGGGGCCUGCCGAGGUGCUGGAGGAUGCCCCGCCAAGAGGCGGUGCCCGGAGAGCCGCCAGAGCGCGCCUGCCUCGGGAUUACCCACGGGGGCAGCGCGGUCCCCCAGCCGGGGGCCCAGGGGGCACAUGACCUUGCGCAGUGCCUCUAAAUGCGACCUGCCCCUUCCACACGCUCCUGUGGACAAAAUGGGGAGCUUUCGUCUCCCGGAUUCUGAGAAGGCGGAGGAAGACCGUCUGUCUUCCGGAGAGUCCAUGGAUUUCAAUUCCAUAAAUUCUAUCCUGGAGGAAGAUGAGGAUGAGGAAGAGCCACCAAGGAUCCUUUUAUACCACGAACCACGUUCGUUUGAAGUAGGAAUGCUAGUCUGGCUUAAAUACCAAAAAUACCCCUUCUGGCCAGCUGUGGUCAAAAGCAUCCUACGACGAGAUAAGAAAGCGAGUGUGCUCUUUAUCGAAGGGGACAUGAAUCCAAAAGGGAGAGGUAUCACGGUGUCUCUUAGAAGAUUAAAGCACUUUGAUUGUAAAGAGAAACAGAUGCUUCUGAACGAAGCCAAGGAGUCCUUCAGCCAGGCCAUUGGCUGGUGCAUGUCUCUCAUCACCGACUACAGGGUCCGGCUGGGCUGUGGUUCUUUUGCCGGCUCUUUCCUGGAAUAUUACGCUGCCAAAAUCAGUUACCCCGUGAGGAAGCUGAUCCAGCAGGAUGUCUUGGGGACUACGUUUCCCCAGCUGAGCAAGAGGGUCCCUGAGGAGCCCGUGAAGGGGUCCCCUCGUGGGAGGGGGAGACGGCCCUGCAGGAGAAUCCUCCCCGACCGCUCCCGGGCCGCACGGGACCGGGCCAACCAGAAGCUGGUGGAGUACAUCGUGAAGGCCAAGGGCGCUGAGAGCCAUCUCCGGGCGAUCCUGAGGAGGAGGAAGCCGUCCAGGUGGCUGAAGACCUUCCUGAACUCGAGCCACUACGUGACAUGCGUGGAAACAUACCUGGAGGACGAGGAGCAGCUGGACCGUGUGGUGAAGUAUCUGCAGGGAGUCUACCGGGAAAUGGACAGCAGGAUGCUGACGCGGAUAAACGGCGACAGGAUAAGAUUCAUCCUGGACGUGCUGCUGCCCGAGGCCAUCAUCUGUGCGAUUUCUGCAGUCGAUGCAGUCGAUUACAAGACAGCCGAAGAGAAGUACAUAAAAGGACCCUUGCUCAGCUACCGGGAAAGAGAAAUCUUUGAUAACCAGGUGCUGGAAGAAAGGAACCGGCGGCGACGCUGAGGAAACCCAUAGCCUUGAUGGAAUCCGGCGUGUCGGCUGCGGGAGGGUCUCGGCCGCGCCAUCCAUGAGAACCCGGCAGUGUGGGUGGCUCCUGCACCCGCCAUGUGGGAACAGCGUCUGGAAAACGGGUCUCCGGGGACGUGUGCGGUUCGGUUUUGGAUUUAUCUCUGGGCUCCCUGCAUCUUGAUUUCCUAUUUCCACACUUGUGAAGACUCGCUUUUAUUAACCUCCCGGUAGCCAGGAGUCUCUCAGCUGUCUUUUGGGAAAGUACAGCUCCUGGAAAAGUUUUUUAAAAGGACAAAAUAGCAUUUUAUUUUAUAUCAUUACUUGGAACUGUACUCACAAUUUAAUAUGAAAUGUACGUUCUUUUUUUUUAUGUUAAUAAGCACUGCUGUCAAAUAAUAACCGGCAGGACUUUUAAGAGUGUGAUAUAAUGAUGGAGCCCCAGGGACAUCGUUGUGUUUUUCUGUGUUUUUCUCCCUUUGUGUGGUUCCUCUUAAGAUCAUUCCUGAACAUUCUCUGCCACUCAUGUAUUUUUGACUGGGGAAAAAAAAAUGUCUGUCAGAGGUAGAACCAAAGACAAGUUGCUUCCUUACAUUUUGGUGUUUGCCGUGUUUGCUUGUGCAGGAGACUGAACUGAGAAUAAAUUUUUUUCAGUGGCCUCUCUGCAUCUAGUCUGCACAUGGGCGAGUGAGUUCAGUGUUCACGGAGGCCACGCUGGCCCGGGGCAGGCCCCCAAGGGAGUUUGGGGCAGGGUCUGUCCUCCGCUGCUGGCCGCUGUUGCUGCCCAACUGGCCACUGCUGUCCUGGGAGUCGGCCGGGCGGCGGUGAUGGCAUCCCAGCGUGCCGUCACCCACCUUGGAGCAGCCACCGGACCUGCAGGCCGCUGGAGGGAACGAGCACUGCACCCUGGGCGAGGCUCGUGUGGCCAUCCUCGGGACAAGGGUUGGGGUCAUUCCCCUGGCUGGUGGGUCCCUCCGGUGUCCGAGGCGUACACGGCCCGUGGCCUGGGCAUUCGGAGGACACUCACGGAAAGGUCACUUGUUCACUUGAACUUGCUUGGUCCUCGAAUGCAGUUGUAGAAAUUCUCUGAAAAGUCAAAGCCACAAACCAGCGGAUUAUUUAUUGUAAGUUGAUGCAGGAACGUUGCUGAAGUUAAUUUUCAGAGUCCGGCGUGAGACAGACCCAAAAGCACCUGCCCGCCGCCUGCGUCUUUAUGCCUCGGCAGUGUCCGCUCCGCAUCGUGGCCUCUUCUGUCUCCUCCCCCAUGACGCAGCUGUCCGCCACCCAGGUGUCCCGGAUUUGUGCAGGGAAGGAACCCUUGUCUCUGAUCCUUUCCUCACUUGCCCACGUCCACUGUAGUGGGAAACCGGGGCGUCGUGCUGCCCUGAGACGCUAACGUCUGAGGAGACGGAAGUCGGUGAGGGCGACCGCGGUCAGCAGGAUGACCGCAAGGCGACGAUGUCACACUUGGGGGGCCUUGCCACUGGCAGUGCUCGUCCUGUCGGAUCUCACCACGUCAAAGCAGUCCUGUCAUACCCGAGGUUCCUCUGGAGCAGGGGGGGAGGCCCCGAGGAGCCCCCCGGGCCUGGGGCUGCAGGAGGCGGGGAUCCGGAGCUGUGUUUCCACUGCGUCCAAGCAGGUGGAUCUCCCCGGGAGGUGGGUCCUUCCUGACUCCGGGCGGAGGAGAGUGUGCUGGUGCCACGUGGCUGCAGCUCGGACAUGCGCCUGUCGGCACCUGGUCCCACUCUGGACUUCCUCGGAGGCAGGGGAGUCACCAGCACAGCCCGGACGGGUGGUCGCCCAUCUCCGCAGGGAAAGCCCAGACCCCCAAGUGCACUGCCCACGGCCCAGGCUUGGCAUGGGCCUCAGUUUCCCCAGUCUGUGUCGAUUACCAGCAAGAGCCAUUGUCUCCUAUGAAUGUAUGUGAUGUUCCUGGAGAUGAAAAGCAUCUUUGAGGUUUGGUGGAAACGGAAUGACCCAAGGGGAGUGAGUCCAUCAUCAGGAAGGAUUUUCAUACAUGCUUCUGUUGGCUAAUCUUUUCCAAAAGUCUUCUUCACGUACGAUUGUUGAAUUUCUUCAGACUGAAAUUAAAUGGUUUUUAGAGCUCUGGC